UAGCCUGUAAAAAAUAUUUAAAAAUACAUUCAAAUUAGUUUAGACCAGGGAUGGGUCCGCAAAACAUCCGAACUCGGUCUGCGUACCCACAUCCAUACCCACACAUGCAGUCAGUUGCAAAAGACUCUAGCAAAGGGAUGCCACCUUUGCAAGCAAACAGAGUGAAAAAAAUGUAAGCUGCAAUAUCUAACUUUUCAUGCAAUUCUACUAAUUUUGCCAUUGGGUGGAGAUAAAUGGUUGCAGUUUUUUAACAUGAUAUUUGAGUAAGAGUGACAAACAAAAUCAAUGGGGGCUCCGCAGUUAGUAAUUGGACCAUGAUUACUAGAAAUUCAUAUACAGUAGCUGGCCGCUAGACUCAUAACAAUCAACAAAUAUUUAGCUGACAGGGGCUAAUUGACUGACUGUCAGUGACUGACAUAACAAUAGAAAAACUGCUGAUGCAAAACCACAUGUCAAAAUUGUACCUUGUGUAUUCUACUAUUCUAACUCAAAACAGUAAGUUGAGUCCCCCUCCAGUGUAUUUUCUGUAUUGCUAAAUUAGCACUAAUGUCACACUGCGGCCCUGAGAACUCAGGGUAUUAAAGACAUAGGGGGCUGUGAAGUAAGAGGUGUCAAUAUUACUGCUUGCUUAUAAGGAUGCUUUAGCCAUCAGAGAUAUGCAUCUUGUGAACAUAACUGCAUUAAAACAUCUCAAGUUGUCGAGUACUCAGUCGCUCGCUUUCGUAGCCUAAAACCAAAGCGUCCAUGGGUGCAAGUGAUACAUUAAACACAACAGCAUCCGCGUGCCUGUAGCGAAGUUGCACUCUGAACUUCUGGGCUGGUUUCCCAGACCUAGUUUUGUAUUAAAAAGCAUGUUUUAUGAAGUAUUGCCAUUAAUUAAGUAUUUAUAAUCCAGUAAAAGACUUUAUCUGGGUCCAGGCUCUUUGUCCACAAGUCGUUGGUGGAAACCAAACACAGUAGGCAUUUUAUUUACUGUGUUUUACCAAAGAAAGAAGCUGGUCUGAUCUGUCAGGGACUGAUAAGAUACGAUACAUAUGAUGUUUCCUUACUGUAUGAAAAGGCCCAAUGUGAUCAGACAAGACAAUCACUGAAAUACCCCUGUAGAUUUAUAUUUUAAGUUUUGUGGCCUAGAUCAUACUGAAGUUUAGACACACAAAUGGAGUCAUUCACAGCAACCCCCCUCCCCAUAAGGAACUGAAUCUAAAAGAGAAUUUCCCAGUUCCUCUUUUACAUAGUGUGUGUGUGUGAUGAUGAUGAUGGUCAAGACUGAAGUUGACUAACAGUAGAAAUGUUAAACCAAAUUAUAGGCCUGAUUGUGUUUGAAUGUUAUCUGCCUAUUUCCUGUCAGUUUUUGCACUGUGAGAAACACGCAUUUUAUGUAUUGAGCCAUUCAUUCAAACACAGAAUUGAAAGUGUGUUCUUGUCUUUCACAAAAUGGGAUGAGCACAAUGAUGUCUGUUAGGUUUUAUCUUAGCUGUUCAAAGGCCUGACGCCUUAUGUAGUAUGUAGUAGACCUGUAUGUGGAUGUACUCUGUAAAGCAAGGUACAGGGGAACAGAAAUUACACUAUAUCAUACUCGUCAAACUAACUAUAGUGCUGUCCAUGAGGCUGAAGGACUGACCUCUUACUGAGAUGUCCACCGAUCUCCACCUAAUAGUUUUAAACAGAUCUGGGAAACCUGAAUGAUUUCUGACAAAGCAGCAUAUUUUUGUGUUAGAGAAAAAAAUAUAUAUUCAAAAAUAUAUAUUCAAAAAGAGAGUCGUUGUGUGCUCUGAAAAUAGCCGUGGUGAAAAUAGCGUGCUGGGCUUACUGUAACGCACAUAGUGUAUUAAUACUAAAUGUCAUCAGUUUUGCUCAGACAGCUGUGAUUAACAUGGGGGCCAUGGACAGGCUGUGUGGUUUCAGCAGCCACACAAGUGGUAGAGAAGGAUGCAGGGGACUCAAAUUAUAACCCCAGACCAUGCAAGCAAGGCAAACUGAAAAGCCACGUAAACCAAAAUCCAACAAAGUACACCAACAUCAAAUGCACAGGUCUACCAAAUUAAGAUUGUUAUACUGCAACCAGUAAGUCAAACUGAUUGUUUGCCUUUGUUAAUGUUGAUUAUUAAACAAAGAACGCAUUGUAUUUGGUGCUACGUAGCACAUCAAAACAUUAUCAGAUAAGGUUAUAACAAUUCACAGAAAAUUCAACACAGUCUUUGAUAGAGAUAAAGGAGAGGAAAAACAAUAGAAUACAUGGACAUCUAUAAUAAAAACAAUAUUGACUACAGGGUUUUUGGUUGUAUGUUAUAUUAAGCUUUGAACAACCAAGGGAAUGUAAUAAUCAUUCCAAAAAUUAUUUUCAGUGUGAUUUGAAUCUUACUAUCUACAGUAUUUCAAGUACCUGGUCAUUAUCAGACUGAUGCACUCUUCCGCUGUCCAAAAUCUACAUAAGCCUGUCAGUUGGAGGCUUGGCUUGUGUCCUCACUUCUCUUCAAGUUAAAACAGAGAUGUUGUGUCAGGGAGAGAUACCUGAGACAGAUAGGGCUGGUUUCCCAGACACUGCCUAGUCUUGGAUAAAAAAGCAUUCUCAUACUGUGUCCUGUAAACCGGCCCAUAGGAUCAGGAGAGAGGGUAAUCUGAGUCUAGUAGCAGAGCUACUGUACACUGUACCCAUUGUGAGGAAGAAUAUUUUGGUGAGAAAAACACAUUUGGUCAGAAAAUAUUAUAUUUACGAUUUCUCAAGAAUCCCCCCAACAACACUACUAUUGUCACAGGAGGUGUUUUAUCUCCUCUCCCUUAAUCUCCACAGCUGUUGCGGGAUUGCAAAAAGGAAGUGGCAUGAUUUUAUCUGUCCAGCUAAUCUACACACAGAUAAAACAGUUGUUUGGAUAGAAAUGCAGCAGAAUUCAUCGAUGUAUGUGAGUCAUUAUUUCAUUGAUAUGGCUACAACUCAAGCUACUGGUUUGUUUUUUUAAUUGACAUAUGUACACCACUACGUUUAUUUGAAGGGAUAGCAUAGUAUAGGGAAUAACGGGUACAAGUGCCGAACCUUGCUGAACACCACAUCCAAUGUACACACUGAUACUGGUCUGAGAAGUAGGAAUUAAACCAGUUUAAAAUGUGAAAUGACAAUGUUUAGUUAUCUGGCAUUGAAACAUGGUAAACAGGUUUAAUAUUAGAUUUGUAAUAUUCAUCUAGAUUUCCAUAGUGUAUGCAAGGUAUAUGAAUAUGGAUACCUGCACUUUAGCCACAAAAAAAAAAAAAAAUUUGGUUGGCGAAAUUUGGUCACAAUGAGAUGCAAAGAUGCUACCCACUGACAGAUGAUGCUAUGCUAAAAGACUUGACAGUUGAGACAGGCCUUGAAAUGAUUGGCUGGUUUGAGAGGCGACGCAAUUGAGCCUUAAUAAAUGUGAGAUGUUAGAAUCUCCCCCUGACAGAUCACCAAUGACCAGGAACCGCCACCAGACACACUGAGAUGUGUACACCCACAAAGAUAUACAGAAGUCAAAAUAUCAGGUUCCCUUUUAAUUUUCAGUCAUUGAGUAGGGCUAAUUUAUUUUAUUUUAUUAGACAAAAUUUGAGUCCCAGAGAGUAGCUUGACUUACAAGUGGAUAAAGCUGUGUAGGCAGAGGGAGACAUUUUGGGUUUCGUUUGGUGAGAGGAAAUUUGGUAAACGUUGUGCAAUGGUGCGGGAAAAGUUUUGAAAGAGUGUGAGAAACAAUUGAAGCUAAGUGCCUGAAGUAGGUCGGUUCAAGAAGAAGCCUUCAUGUUGCAUCCGUACAGAAUGGAGGGGUACCUCAUCUCACCUGGUCCUCCAUCAGAGGACAUGUACGAACCCGACAUCUAUAGACAACAGAUGUCAGAAUAUUCAUAUCCGUAUGUCAUCGAUGCAGAGAGUCAAGGAGAUCACUGGGACUAUCACACCACUCAUCAUGCCCAUCCUCUGGACUUUGACAACCUCCAAGGGGGCCACUUCACUGAGCUCCAGAGUGUCCAGCAACUACAUCUACCCAGUAUGGCUCGUUACAGCGAUGUUGACACUCUCUCUCUGGACCCUGGCCUUGGGGGACACAACCAUGCCCUACCCCCACCGGUGCCAUAUUACCCUCGUGCCAUGGGCUACUUGCACCCCUCUCCUCAGACGAUGAGGAGCUCAGACGACGAGGAGCCAGGAGGCCGCAGCCCUCCACUAGAAGUGUCUGAUGAGGAGUGUCUGAGGGACCACAUCGCCCACGUAACAAGGGGAGAAUUGGGCAACAAGAAGAAGAUCCGUCUGUACCAGUUCCUGCUGGAUCUGCUGAGGAAUGGGGACAUGAAGGACAGUAUCUGGUGGGUGGACAGGGACAAGGGCACCUUCCAGUUCUCCUCAAAACACAAGGAGGCACUGGCACAUCGGUGGGGCGUACAGAAGGGCAACCGCAAGAAAAUGACCUACCAGAAGAUGGCACGGGCUCUUCGCAACUACGGCAAGACAGGCGAGGUCAAAAAGGUCAAGAAGAAGCUGACUUAUCAGUUCAGUGGUGAAGUGCUGGGGGGGAGGUCUCACUUGGAGAGGAGGCCAUAUUCCCAAUUGUAGAGGGAGAAACAUAGUGGAAGUCCUGAAGAAGGGUAGAGAGAGAGAGAGAGAGAGAGAGAGAGAGAGAGAGAGAGAGAGAGAGAGAGAGAGAGAGAGAGAGAGAGAGAGAGAGAGAGAGAGAGAGAGAGAGAGAGAGAGAGAGAGAGAGAGAGAGAGAGAGAGAGAGAGAGAGAGAGAGAGAGAGAGAGAGAGAGAGAGAGAGAGAUAGUUAACUGUAUAUAGUAUUCAAGAUGGUUAUCAAUGUAAUAAUUAUUUUUUGUGUUCAAAUCAACAAUAACUGUUUUUGCUGCUCUUGUAAAAAGCAUUUUUGUGAACGUCAUUUUGACUCAAUGAUUGCACACACACAUCUGGACCUUUCACAUUCCAUUAGCACUUAGAAAUAGGGCUGUUUUAAAUGAUACUGUCAAUCAUUAUCACCAGAAUGCUUACAGGAGUGGUAAUACAGAUGACCACCAGAAGUCCUCAGAGAUCUCCUUUCUUCUACGCACUGUUGGACUCACUGGCCAUUGUGUACAUUUGACAUCAAUUAGACUUGGAUGCAACGUUAACAAACAAAAAGACUGAUAAAGAACUCUUUAGCAUUAAUGACAUUGAUUUGAUACUCUGAAAUGCACUGACUUUGGAUAAGCAAUUCCUAUUGCUUAACCUUUGCUGUAGCGGCAUACAAACACAACAUAUUAUACGUUAGCUUUUGCUAAUCAGAUUUGAGUAUUCAGUGGUAUAAAGCUUGUAUAUUUUUUAUUUAUUUUAUUUUACUAGGCAAGUCAGUUAAGAACAAAUUCUUAUUUUCAAUGACGGCCUAGGAACAGUGGGUUAACUGCCUGUUCAGGGGCAGAACGACAGAUUUGUACCCUGUCAGCUCGGUUACUAGUCCAACGCUCUAACCACUAGGCUACCCUGCCGCCCAUAUUUGUAUGAUGGUAUUACAUGUGUAUUACAUACUAACUCAUGUUAGCUCAAGACUUUGGGAAGUAAACCCUUCUGAACAUUGGGAGACGUAACCUGCAACCUUUCCGGACCCUCCCCUUGACUAUUACUUCCCUGUCACAUCCCAUUGACUUGUUCCUGAAAUGGGGGAGGGUGAAGAGGCUUGUGACCCAGCCCUUAUCAUCUGCUUGUGUUCAAAGAUGAAGCACAGACCCUUGCCUCCUCUGAGCUAAGGUGCAAUCUAUUCCUAGCCUAAGAAUACCAACACUCUAGCCCCAGACCCAUUGACCGCUCUGUUUGGUACAGUUGAUGGGAAUAACCACGAAGGGAAAGCUGUCUCUCUUUGUACUCUAUUAGCCAAAAGGCUCAUAUUGCAAUUUUGGAAACUGGAGACUGUACCCACCUUUGAAAUGUGGUUACGGGAUUUAGGGAAUGUAAUACAUAUGGAAAAGAUUCGAUACAAUACCUCUAAUAGAAGUCCAAUGUUUUACAAAAUAUGGCAGCCGAAUCUGGAUAAAUGGUCUAGACCCGCUUCAUAACUGGGCUGACGAUCUGCUGCUACUCUGUGCUGUACUCCACUCAAUAUCUAUUUUUGGCUUAACUACACUGCUUGUAAUGACUAGAUGCUGUCUUCUUAUACAUGUACCACCUCAUGGGAUUUUGUUUUAUUCUGUGUAUGUGUGAGUUAAGUUUGUUUUGUCCUCUAAAUUGGCCAUCCCAUUCAACAGUACAAUGAAUGUCAUUGUUAGUAUUGCUGUCUUUUUUAUUUUAUUUUUUAUUGUAAAAUAAU